GCGCAGUGUGUGCGCAGUACCUGACCCACCGACGAACCCCGUAGGCCGUAGCUACCGUCCCCGGCCGGCGCACGGCAACUGUGGUGAUCCAUCCAGAGGAGAUCCCCGGCGGGCCGUAAACACACGCUACGUACGAGACGAGGCUACCGAACCAACGGCCUUCGAGGUUCCCUUCUCCGUUUUCUCAUCCGACUGAUUGACGGCGGAAAGUAGAGCGUUAUUCGCGAGGAACGCGGCAGUAAUCCAUUUUUAUCCCCCAACCUACCUACAUCAUCCGACCUUCAACGACGACGACGACGACGCCGAUACCUACCCCUCCCACGAGCGAGUCCAAACCUUCCAAUCGUCGGCGUAUCAAACCAGAAAUACCAAACCUCCCAACACACACAAAAAGAACAUUCCGAGAUACCCUCCUUUCUUAACAACAACAACAACACAACCGCCACAAUGUCCUUCUUCCGCAUAACCCUCCACCGCUCCGCCAUCGGUCUGCCCAAGCGCACCCACGGCGUGCUCGCCGCCCUCGGUCUCCGUCGCCGCAACCAAACCGUCUUCCACCCCGUCGAACCCCAAUUCGCCGGCAUGCUGAUGAAAGUCAAGGAGCUCGUGCGGGUAGAGGAGGUCCCCCACCGCUUGACCAAGCGCGAGCUGAAGGAUGAGCGCAAGCCGGACGCCGGGUUUGUGGUGGAGAAGCAAGUGAGACGGUUCAUCCCGGGCGUGGGCGUCCAGGACGAAGUGGAUUUCUCCAAGGUGGUGGAGGAGCUGAAGGCGCAGAAAGUUGAGAAUGUCGAAGGGGUGGAGAAGAUGGUGGUGGAGGGAGGGGCGGUGGUCAGGGAUGGUAAGCGGGCUGGGGAUCUGGGCGUGAGGACGAGAAGUGAUUGGGAGGUUAUUGGCAAGAUGAAGAGUGUUUUGCCCAAGGUUAAGGCUCUCUAAGUUCCAAGUUGUUGACAGGGCAAAGGGGGAAGAAUGAAAUGAGGAGGAGGAGGAGGGAUAGGAGGUCGAGAAGGACAGGGAGGGUUGGCAAGACCGCGCCCAGUUUAGCAUAUUGCCAAAUGGUUGGCUGGGCGCAUGGUUCUGUCACUACGUCCCGAGCCAGCUGUUGAAUUUCUUUCGGGACGGGCUUGUGUCUGGGAAAUACUGAGCUCGUGUACUCACUCGGUUGGCUUACCUCGGAUCUCACGCCGUCUAGAAGCACUGCUUUGCUUGCUCGGAUACUCCCGUCUUUCUCGACCACCAUUUUGUACAAUACUGUAUGCUACGAAUUCCACGUAGUAGGACAUCAUCGGGAAUGGAAAAAGCACGUUGGAACAAGUAACUACCUGUGAUCUGCACGGCAGCUAAACAUGCCUGUAGUGAUUAAGAAAAAAGCGAGCAACAAGGACGGAUGUGACUGAAGCGAGAGGUACCUCUUAUCAGGUCAUGAACAUCACCACUGUGUGCGACACCUUAAGGAACUAGACCUCUACUCGGCCCUGAUGAUUAUAUCCACAUAUGCAGAUCAUAUUCACUAUCCACGGACAGACAACGGUCGUUGGCUCUUCACUCAAG